AUGGUGGCAUCACCACCAAGGGAGGAAGCAGCUGCAGCUAGGAACAUCAAGGCCAACCAGGCAUGGCAGCAGCAGGUGGCGGCGACCGGAAGCGGGGAGCGCAAGCCGCGGCCACAGCAGGAACAGGGGCUCAACUGCCCGCGCUGUAACUCCACCAACACCAAGUUCUGCUACUACAACAACAACAGCAUGACGCAGCCACGCUACUUCUGCAAGGCCUGCCGCCGCAACUGGACGCAGGGCGGCACCCUCCGCAACGUCCCUGUUGGCGGCCGCUCCCGGAAGAACAAGCUGAACCGUGCCGGGGGCUCCUCCUCCUCCUCGACACUACCAGCACCAUCCUCCAGCUCCAACGACUCCAAGAAGAUGAACCUCACGCAACAACUGUCGAUGAUGCCUACUGCUACGGCACCUAUGCCCGCCGACUUCCCCAACGUGCUCCCUACGUUUAUGUCGACAGGCGGCGGCUUUGAGCUCCCCAGCAGUGACCACCACUCCCUGCCCUUCCCGCCCUUGUCUCCAUUGUUCAACCCUGGCACGACGCCAUCGCUCCUGGACAUACUGACCGGAGGGUUUCUUGACAGCGGGAACAACCGGAUGGCAGCACCGCCGUUGCUUGGUACAAUGCAGCAUGGGCAUGGGAUGGUGGGUGGCUCACCUGACCCACAGCUGGUGGGGCUCCUGCAGGGUGUGGAUCAGGCACUAGAGCUCCCUAUGCCUGCUGCUGGUGGUGGGUUCCAGCAGUGGCCUUCAUUGGCAGCACAGGAGCAGCAGGUUGUUGGUGGUGAUGGCAGUGCGGACAUGGACGACAACAACAACAACAACAACGGAGGCGGGGCAUCAGGUGGCAGCAGCGGCGUCGAGUAUUACUGGCAAGGAUCGAUCUGA